UAUACGUUGCACUCAGUUCAGGCAUGGCGUCCUUCAGCUGCUGGAGUUAGUGAUAACACUGACAUUUAAAAUCAAACAUUUCCACGUCUUGUGUUUUUAUUUUACAUGUUUUAUUCUUCAUAAAACCCGAGGAAGUGUUUGACACAAAAUGGCGACGAGGGCCGUGUGUCAGUUCCUGCAGCGCCGUUAUGCGUCCGCUGCAGCCGCCGUGCGUCCACCGGUCGCCGAGGUCCGCAGCCAACGCAACGCUGUCUUCUCCAGGGAGCAGGCCCGACAGAGAGCGCUGUACCCUCGCAUCGAGAAGAUCGAGGUGUCCGUGCAGGGACCGGGACUGGACGGCACACUGCUCAUCAUGAACAGAGGCGUGUCCACGCCACUGAGCUGCGCACGGCACUUGACAGAUUACCAUGUGACUAAUUCAGCGUUGGCUCUGGUCGACGGGGAAAUAUGGCCUCUACAUCAGCCUCUCACACGCUCGUGCUCACUCACCCUGCUCACAUUUAAAGAAAAUGACCCAACACUGGUCAACCAGGCUUACUGGCGUUCCUGUGCGGCCUUGCUGGGUCAGAUGCUGGAAACUGCCUUCAAGGACGAUUUUACUGUGGAGCUGCUCAGUGUACCUGAGGUUCCAGUCACCUCAGGAGCUUUCUGCUGUGAUGUGGCACUUGACCCUCAGCUGGAUUCAUGGACUCCCUCUGAGGAGACGCUGCGUUCCAUGACUCGUGGUGCUCAGCAGCUCAUCCACCAGGACCUGGCUUGGGAACCUCUGGAGGUGGUGCCCUCUGUGGCGCUGGAGGCCUUCUCACACAGCAGGUAUAAACAGGAGGAGGUGGAACAGAAGGCAGCACAGAGCACUAAAGGCACAGUAAUGCUCUACAGAUGUGGGGACCAUGUGCUGUUGAGUGGGGGCCCUCUGGUGGCCAGGACGGGGCUGUGCUCGCAGUACGAGGUGACGGCCCUGCACAAUCUGGGACGAGGUCCGAGCGGCCUUCACCGUCGAGCUCAGGGCCUCUCGCUGCCUCUGCAGCUGCAGGCUCAUCACACAGUCUGGAGGAAACUGAGGCAGCGAGCAGAGAAACUGGUGGAGGAGUCGAGGUGUGAAGAAGUGACUCCAUCCUCUGCUCCUGACUCGACUCCGCCUCCGACCGGACAGUGACGACCUUGGUUUAACCCUCCACACACACACACACACACACACACACACACACACACACACACACACACACACACACACCCUCUCUCUGACAUGUAUCUCAAGUUACUUUGUUCAAUAAAUGUGU